AAAAUAAAAAUAAAUAAUAAAUGAAUUAAAAUGUCAAAAGAUAAUUCUUAGGUUGGGUUGUAAAUGGAAAAACAAAACUUGAAGGCUACUAAAGUGAAAAUUAUAAUUAGAUUAGGGGGGCAAAGAGUAAAAUGUCAAACCAGAAUAACGACCUUUUUUCCCGCUUUUAUCUUUUAUUACAAAUAAUUUAUUUAUUUAUUUUUCAAUUUUCUCCCUAUUUGUGUUGACAUUUUUCAUGAAAAAUAAACAAAGAAACGCAGAGAGCGAUUCCUCCUUUAUUUUCGCCCCUUUACGAGCACAAAUUGUUGCGAAAUGCUGUUCAAAAUUGGAAAUAAUAUUUUUUAUAAAUUUGUUUUGUUCCUUUUUAAUUUAAUAUUUUUUGGAUUAGAGAUGAUGACCCACAAGAGAGAGCAAAUGCUUUGGUCUGGACAAUUUGCAAUGUAUGAUAUGCACACAAACUGUUUGACAAAAAUCGCCAAAGAACUUUGCCUACAGCAACAUCUCUCACUGGCACUAUCUCUCUCUCAUCAGCUUGUUUCCUUGUCCCCACAUUCUUGUUUUCUCUCUCUAAAGCUUCCGUUUCUCCUCUCUGUGAUUGUCGAAUCUGUUCUCUCUCAUCAGUUAUCCUUCUCCAUGGAAGAAAACUGCCCUCCACAACGGUGUAGUGAAUGGGUAUUUCGAGAUGUUCCGAGCGAUAUAACAAUCGAAGUAGACGGCACUACAUUCUUAUUGCAUAAGUUCCCUCUCGUAUCACGAAGCGGAAGAAUCCGGAAGCUGGUAGCUGAUCAUAGAGACUCCGAUAUAUCAAGAAUCGAGCUUGUCAGCUUACAAGGAGGUGCCGACUCAUUCGAACUUGCAGCCCAAUUCUGCUACGGUGUCAAUUUCGAAAUUACCCCCACAAAUGUAGCCCAUCUUUAUUGCAUCUCCGAUUACCUCGAAAUGACCGAAGACUACUCCAAGAACAACCUAUUCACCAGAGCCGAAGAAUAUCUCGAAAUCAUAGUGUCCAAAAGCCUCGAAAUGUGCGUAAAAGUCCUCCAACAAUGCGAAAAGCUACUCCCACUUGCAGACGAGCUGAAAAUAGUCCAAAUAUGCAUCGACUCCAUAGCUUCAAAAGCUUGCGUGGAGCAAAUUGCCUCAAGUUUUUCGAGGCUCGAGUAUAGCAACUCGGGUAGACUUCACAUGAGCAAGAACCAAACGAACUGUGAAUCCGAUUGGUGGAUAGAGGACCUUUCCAUUCUUGGAAUCGAUUUUUAUCAGAGAGUUGUAAAAGCAAUGAAAUGCAGAGGAGUUAGACCAGAAAGUAUAGGCUCAUCGCUUAUGAACUAUGCUAAAAAGGAGUUACUCAAGAAAUCGAAAACCGACUCAAUUAGUGGACAUGAAAGAGUUGUGGUGGAGGCGAUUAUAAGCCUACUCCCGGUCGAAAAAUUUGCCGUUCCGAUAAAUUUUCUUUUCGGGUUGCUACGAAAUGCGGUGAUUUUCGACUGUGCAAUUUCUUGCAGGCUGGAUCUCGAGAGGCGAAUAGGGUCGCAGUUGGAUACAGCAAGUCUUGAUGAUCUUUUGAUACCUUCUUUUCGCCAGGCUGGCGACACGUUGUUCGAUGUGGACACUGUGGAAAGAAUACUUGUUAAUUUCUCUCGGAGUGAAGAUAGCGAAGAAGAUAUGGACGAUUUUUCGCUGUUCGAAUCGGAUAAUUAUCCUCUUUCGCCUUCUCAAACGGCUUUGUUUAAAGUGUCGAAGUUGGUGGAUAAUUACCUUUGUGAGAUUGCAGCUGAUGCAAAUCUUAAGCUCAACAAGUUUGCUGAUGUGGCGGAAGCUUUACCUGCACAUGCUCGUACGGUUCAUGAUGGAUUGUAUCGAGCGGUCGAUGUUUACCUCAAAGCUCAUCAACACUUAACAGAUUCAGACAGGAAAAAGCUCUGCAAAUUAAUCGACUUUCAGAAACUAUCUCAAGAAGCAGGUGCACACGCCGCCACAAACGAGCGGCUCCCUCUCCAAUCAAUAGUCCAAGUUCUCUAUUACGAGCAAACGAGGCUACGAAACGCCUUAUUCUGUUCCUACCAAGAUGAAGAUCCGAAGAAUGUUAAUAUGCAGCAGUCUUGGCGGAUAAGCAGUGGGGCCCUCAGUGCUGCGAUUUCUCCACGAGAUAAUUAUGCUUCUUUAAGGAGAGAGAAUCGGGAGUUGAAACUCGAGCUGGCUAGGCUGAGAAUGAGAUUAAAUGAUUUGGAGAAGGAACAUGUUUCUAUGAAGAUGAAUAUUGAGAGGUCUGGUUCUAGAAGAUUCUUUGACUUGUUCUCCAAGGCUGUCGGUAGACUCUUUGCGCAUAGAAACGAGACUAAGGUAACCGAAAGAACAUGCGAUAAGCAUGUCUCGUGACGAGGUAUGUCAUUGUUUUUUUCUCAAUUCUUGAUUGGUAUUUUCAUUAGUCAAAUAUAAGUUAUGAUAAUUAUUCGUGUCGUAUGUUAUUCGUUGUCGAUUUUAAUAACGAGAAUCGGUUGGAAAUGAAUAUAUUUCUUGGAUUUUAA